UCCUCCUUCCACAGUGCUAGUCAAGGCAGCGCUUGGCACAAAUCUUAGCACGUUCCGAUAGAGUGUUGUGUUUGUGGCUGCUAAGCAGAGGGGAUGUAGUCAAACCAAGCUCUAAGAAAAAAAAUCAGGGCUAUGUUUGCACCAUGUCUGGCUUCAAAUCAAUUAGUGAUGAGAGUGGCUGAUGCUCCGGGUGCGCUUCAAUGAGAGCGAAAGGGUGACAGACAGUUAUAUCUUCUAGAUUCGACUGCUGGGCUUAAAAGUGCGAUCCUUUGGUUCAUCUGCGACCGAACUAAAGCCAGACCGAUGACUCCCGGAGAUUCCAUAACUAUCACUGACCUCAUGCAAGAUAUGCUUCGGACUGGCUGUGGUUUCUCCUCCUCAUCCUCCUUCUGAUGUUCAAUGGCAGACGAAAACCGCUCCCUUCUCCUUUCCUGUCAUCUUUGAUCUCAGAGAGGUGGCUCCGAUCCACAGCUAAACAACGGGACAUCCCUCUCUGAUCUCCUCUCUCUCUGACCAUCUUCUCAUCACCCUCCCUCACCAUGGCCUGCUUGCUGGUAGCAGUGUUCCUCCUGGUUCUCCAGGCAUAUGCUGCCCCACCAGAUGUUGUUCAGAGUUUGGAUCUAGGCCCUGGACUCACAGCUAAUGACACUCUGUCUCCACCCCUGGGGACUAGUAAAUGUGCCCCCCACAGCAUCAUCAUUGGGGUGCGCAAGGGAGGCACACGCGCCCUGCUGGAAAUGCUGGACAUCCACCCUGAGGUCGCUGCCGCUGCCACAGAGGUGCACUUUUUCGACUGGGACGAGAACUACGCUAAGGGCUUUGACUGGUACCGGGAGCUGAUGCCAUAUUCCUACACACACCAGAUCACAGUGGAGAAGACGCCAGGCUACUUCACCUCUGCCUUGGCGCCAGAACGCAUCCAUGCCAUGAACUCCUCCAUCAAGCUGCUGCUGAUCUUGCGGGACCCAACUGAACGUGUCAUCUCAGACUACACCCAGGUCUACUUCAACCGCCUGGAGAACCACAAGCCAGUGCAGGCCAUUGAGAACCUGCUGGUGCGCAGCGGAGCCCUCAAUACCCGCUAUAAGGCCAUCCAGCGGAGCCUCUACGACUUGCACAUGAGCAACUGGUUGCGCUAUUUCCCCCUAGAGCAGAUCCACAUCGUUGAUGGGGAUACUUUGAUCCGGGACCCGUUGCCUGAGCUACAGAAGGUGGAGCGUUUUCUCAACCUGCCCCCCAGGAUAAUGUCCUCCAACUUCUACUUCAACCAGACCAAGGGGUUCUACUGCAUCCGGAGUGAAGGGCGAGAGCGCUGCCUGCACGAGUCCAAAGGGCGUCCCCACCCGGCUGUCAACGGCACUGUGCUGCAGCAGCUACGCUCCUACCUCCGGGAGCACAACCAUAACUUCUACCGGCUGGUGAAGCGCUCCUUUGACUGGCAGUAAGGCAGUACACCCCUCUACCUAUGAGGACUAGUUCCCCCUGGCCCACAUAUGACUGUUCAAGGACUGACUGACCAGUGUUAUAGGGGGAGAAGCACUUUACGAACUCUGACACCCAAACACCCCUGUCAAUCGCCUUUUACUCUGCUCUGGUGUCAACAGAGCAGUUCCACAUUUACGAAGCAAGAACUUACAAACUAACAUGGAAAACCCCCCAAGAUUGAAGUCAUUCUCUGUAUUGUACCUGAUAAAAGUGAAGUGAUGCAGAUUGUGGAAAAACUCAUUUGUGAACAUGAUUUAACUUUUGUUUGAUAUUGCUGUACUUGAUAAUAAAUUGUUUUGCUUUAAAAAUAUAA